AAUAGAAGAUUUUCUCACCGUCAUUAUUUUUUCCUUAUAAAUAUAUGGUCACCUAACAACUCUUUUCCUCACACCCUCGAAAGAAAUAUAACAGAUCAAACAAGCCCAGCUUCUCAAUGGCUGCUAAUUCUCUGAAACUAUUUGCCACUCUCUCUCUUCUGUUUAUGCUCCUCUUUGCAACUGAAAUGGGAGUGACGGCAGAAAUGGGAGUGACAACAGAAAUGGAAGUGACAGAAGCGAGGAGUACAUGCUAUAGAGACAGCGGACGUUUUCGCGGGCCGUGUUUCAACAACAACAACAACAGAAACCAAAACUGUGAUUUCAUUUGCACUCGUUGCGAGAAAUUCUUAUCUGGAAGAUGCCGAAAUAGAAAGUGUGUCUGCGCCAGAAGAUGUUGAUUUUCCUAUAUCCUAAUAUGUAUGCAUCCUGUUCUUAUCUUUUUUUUUUUUUUUUUUUUGAAUUUUGAAUCAAUAAUAAUGAAGUUCAAGUCUAGUUAAUUAAGAACAGGACUCCCUGUUAUUUAAUUAAUUAAGAUUGACGAUGUAAUAAAUAAGAGUUGCAUGGUUUUGUUCCUUAAGAUUAUUAUGUGUGGAUGUAAUUGAAAAAGUUGUAUGUUUAUAUAUGUUCCUUUCCGUUUCC